UCUAUCCAAAAUAAAUAAAUAAAUGGGAUUAUGACAUCAAUAUGAUAAUAUGAAAUAAUAAUCAUGAUAAUUAUAAUUGUUGCAGAUUGGUUAUAGCGUUAAACACUGAAACAUGAACUACAUUAAUCAUUUCUUGUAGACAAUUCAUGUCGUAUUAUUCCUUCACUAGAGUUAUGAGUUAAAGUUGUUAAUAUAAAUAAUCGAUCGUAAGGAAAAUGUGAUUUAUCUCUUUGAGAAAAUGAGUGGGCCAUCUCCAAAGAAUUUUGUUAAUUUCGUUAAAACGAAUCCCCCAGCGGCUUUGAUACUAUUUUUUAUAAUAUGUAUGAUAAUAGCAACUCUUAACUUGGCUUUUCAUGCCAACCAGCAUAAUCUACUCGAUACAGAUAUACUCAUGGAUACUUAUCAAUUGAAAACAUUCAUGAAUGAUAUGAAGGUUUGUAUCAAACCAAAUGAAAAACAAAACAGGAAUGAAAGAGUGAUGAAAAGGGAAGCAAAAGAAAAUGACCAAAUAAAUAUAUCGGCUGUAGUUCCUAUAAAAGAUUUGAAUAAUCUAAAUCCAAAUAUUACCGAAGUUUAUGGAUUAAUAAGUUUAGAAGGUUUUCGGUGGAGUUGUUCUAAUAACUCAGAUGCAAAAUAUCUAGAAGUAGGUUUUAAUUUAUCGGACAAAAUUGAUCAAAAUAGUGUAUGCAUUCAAUUAUUUGGAAAGCGAAAAGUUCUAGAGAAUUUUCUUGCAACACCAUGUAUAUCAAAUUACAAAUAUCAGCCUGCAGUUGCUAAUCUUCAAACAAAGGAACCAAAUACAUAUGGAAGUUUUUGCAAUAAUGGAACAAGAGUAAAUUUUAAUUUUGAUCGAAAAGAAAAUACUCAGAAUUUCACACUAUUUUUAACCAAGGAAAAACAUACAAGAGUCAGUAAAUCUCUUCUGUGGUGUGCUUAUGGAUUAAUUACAAUUUUUUUAUUAUUUUUCAUAAUGGUAGUGAUUUAUUAUGAUGAAUCAAAUACAGAAAAGAUCGAUUUUUAUUUAUGAGUGGAUAUUGAAUAAAACUUGAUGAAUA